CCAAACAAUGAAAAGGAGGAAACAAAUGAUUAGGUAGUACCCCCAAAAAGAAAAUGUCUUGUUUCCUUCCUGGUUCGGUGUAGACAAGUUUUGUAAUCGUUUGUUUCUCUGUUAUUCCCGGGGAAAGUUUUCAUUUUUAUUUGGAUUGAAAAACUUUUAUAAAUGUGGGAAGCCGUCGCAGAACCAGCAGAUUCGUCCUGAGUGCACCCAUGUCCCCAAUACCAGAUUCAAGAACUCCUUUCCCUUACUACUUGGAACCGUUUCUCUGUCAUCAAUGAGAUUGACCAUUGCAGUUUCAAGAUCAGAUUGAAGAGAACAACAUCAUUAGGUUAUGUUGCUUGCAGCCUGGUAAAACUCUGAAAAUGGCAGGCUGCCUCUUUACACAGGAAGGAUUCCUAGAUAUUGGCAAGAAGACUCUUAAGUCGAAUGAAUCCUACGAGGGGGGAUCCAUCCAUCGAUUAGAGGAGAAGUGUGGGAGUUCUCACUUGGGCGUUAUGAUCCAAAGAGCACUUUUGAAGAAAGAGAGCAAAUCCGACAACGUACAAGGUCUUGAUGUAAACCGCACGGACAGGAAAUUGGCAUUCUACGAAAAUAAAGGGAAUUUGUCUAAGCUUUGGGACAUUCUUUCUAGCUCUUCUUUACGCUUGGAUAGACAACGACGUUGGGUAUUGCCAAGGUAUUAGGAGAAGCGACUGGGAGUUCAGGUUACAAGUAUCAGUAAUCUAUGUCGCCGCACACACAAGCGCAAGUAUUGCAAGGGAUAGCAGAGUCAUUGUUAGAAGCAGAGAAAUAGAGGCAGCAACGCACAGCUUGAGGUUUUAGUUUGGUGAUGUAGUAAGUAAGACAUGGCUUGUAGACCACCUGGGUGAAGGAACUUUAUUGCCAGUUUCUUGCGUAUGACUGAAGA